UACUGUUGCUUACUGCAUGCAUUUGGGACAGGGCUGCAUUGUAAUUAAGUGAGAUAUUCUAUCCGACCUCUGUUUUGUUGUGGUAGCGCAGUUAAAACUCUGAGUGAAUUAGUUCAGCAUAAACAAGUGAAGACAUGGAGGCAGUAUACAGUGUGAUCGGCUUGGAGUGGAUAGACACCAGAAGCAUUUUAAUAUUUUUGUGUGUUUUUCUGCUGUUGAUGGAUUUUCUGAAGAACAGAGUGCCGAAAAACUUUCCUCCUGGACCUUGGGCUCUUCCUUUCAUUGGUGACCUUCAUCGUGUCCAACCUUCGAAACUCCACCUGCAGUUCACAGAGUUUGCAGAGAAAUAUGGAAACAUUUUCAGUCUUCGAAUCUUUGGUGGAAGAGUUGUGGUCCUUAAUGGCUACAAGCUGUUCAAAGAAGCUCUGGUCCAACAGGGAGAAGACUUCACAUAUCGUCCCUCAGUGCCCUUGUUUGAUGUAUUAUUUGGGAAUAAAGGUCUUGUGAUGUCAAAUGGAUAUCAGUGGAAGCAACAGAGGAGAUUUGCUCUUCAUACACUCAGAAACUUUGGUCUAGGCAAGAAGACCCUGGAGUUAUCCAUCCAGCAGGAGUGCCAGUAUCUCACAGAAGCUUUUGCAGCUCAGCAAGGAAAGCUUUUUAAUGCCCAGCCAAUGAUAAACAACGCCGUGUCAAACAUCAUCUGCUGCUUGGUGUUUGGGAAUCGAUUUGAGUACGCCGAUGAGCAGUAUCAGUGUAUUCUUCAUAGCGUAAAUGAGUUAAUACACUUACAGGGAACCACGUGGGCACAGAUGUACAACACAAUGCCCUGGCUGAUGAAGUUGUUGCCUGGACCUCAUCAGAAGAUAUUCACUUUGACACAACAGAUAAUUGAUUUCAUAAAAAUGAAAAUCAGAGAACACGUAGAAAACUUUAACCCAGCAUCACCGAGAGAUUACAUUGAUGCUUUUCUCGUAGAAAUGGCAGAAAAGGAAGGCAGUGAUUCAGGUUUAGAUCACAGCACUUUGAGCGCAUGUACUGUGGACCUGUUUUUUGCUGGAACUGAAACUACUACCACUACUUUACACUGGGGACUACUUUACAUGAUCUACUACCCUGACAUACAAGAGAGAGUCCAGGCUGAGAUCGAUGCUGUGGUUGGUUCAUCCAGACAGCCCUCUAUGACUGACAGAGAAAACAUGCCCUAUACUGAUGCUGUUAUUCAUGAGAUACAGAGAAUGGCCAACAUCAUCCCCCUCAACGUGGCUCGUAUGGCAUCCAAGGACACUACAGUGGAUAAGUACACAAUCCCAAAGGGCACCAUGCUCCUGGCUACACUUCACUCAGUCCUACAUGAUGAGUCAAUGUGGGAAACUCCACACUCUUUUAAUCCUCAACACUUUCUGGACCAGGAUGGUAAAUUUCGAAAGAGAGAGGCCUUCCUUCCAUUUUCUGCAGGUAAGCGUGUGUGUCUUGGAGAACAGCUGGCCCGGAUGGAGUUAUUUUUGUUUUUCACCUCCAUCCUUCAAAGGUUUUCUCUCUCACCACCUGCUGGAGAGCAGCCCAGUCUGGAGUUUAGGCUGGGAGGCACACGUUGCCCCAAACCUUACCGCCUCUGUGCUGUAACACGUUGAUACAUCAGCUAUCACAAUUUGAAAACAUCUGUUUCUCAGCAUGAUAAAUCACUCUCUUUCAUUGCGUUGAUCAUGUAAUGCAUUUGUAAGCUUUAUAAAAGAGUAAGCUACACUUACUAGACGGACUCACUAAACUAGAUCCUAAAGGAGGAGUAAAGGUGAGAUGAAUUCAGACAACCGCUUGUAGUAACAUAAGUAAACAAAGCUGGCAUUUAUUCAAACAAUUGAAUAAAGUACAAGAAAUAAUGCUUUCUUUUUUUGUUUAUAACCUUUUUUUCAGUUUAGUCCUAGUAGUUCAGUUCUUACACUUUAUUUUCACUAUGUAUGUCCUUCAAAUUCCUCCUUUGUUUUUAGUCUUUAACUCAAGAAAAAUAAAAGAUCCAAAGUAGAUUAGAAAGGGGACCUGGGUCGUCCACGGCCCACCAGGAGCUCAGAAGGCCACACAUUCUGAUGGCAACCGUGUGCGCACCCCAGAGGAGGAAGGAGGGAGACCCCAGAGCGAACCCUCACGGUCAAUGGGCAAGAGCUCAGAGAGACAGAGACAAUGAGCAGCCCAUUUGGGAAUAUUUAUGCAUCCAUAGUUAGGCAGUAUAAAGUAGAAUAGUAUAUUAUUCUACUUUAUACCAAUGAGUACAAUUAGAACUUUUAUUUUUAAUAGAGUAUUUCUAAAAAAUAAAGGAAUAAAACU